UUUAAGGUGUUGAAGUCUCCUCCACAUUUUGCAGGUCGGACAUGAGUGGUUUUCUAUAGCGUCUGUCACAGUGUGCUGGAGGUCAUGUCACACCUGGAUUGGGCAGACGCCCCUCAUACGUGGACGCGGUUAGACCAUCUGAGACUAAGAGCGUGCAGCGGACAGACCACCGGGGACUCCGCAUGCAGAGAAGGAUGAAGUCUUUCCUCUGCAGCCUCUUGUCGCUGCUGCUGUCUGAUGUUCUGGCCACAUAUCACCUCAGUGCGGGGGAUCCUCAGCUGAUCGCCGCACAAAGCUACGCUCAAACCAGAAACAAUGGCCGAGCUCCGUUCAGGACCCUGAAUCCAGCAAUUCACAGAAGUGAUUACACGUAUAGAGGAGGGUAUCACUACCACUACCAGCCACCAAGGAUCCCUCCACCGCUCAUGUAUCGACAUGUUCCUCUAUCUCCUCCAGAGACUUAUCACAGGCCCUUGGUGGCCAUGCCGCCCUAUCACAACAGAUUCAAAGGGCCAGCGGCGCCACAAAUGCACCACAUAUACAACGGUCUAUCUCCACCAGUAGCUCAACAUCCCCAUCAAAGGCUCAACGGGCCAUUCCCUUACAAAUUGAAAAGUCCAUGCCCAUAUAAGUCAGACCCAACAGUACCAACAGCACCUGUGGCGCACCCCCCUACUGUCCCUCCAUUUCUACCAGAGCACACAGUGCAGCCAACUCUGCCAGCUACUACAGUGGCACCGGUGACAACCAGCCUGCCAGUGGUGGUGACCACUGUGCCGCCAGUGGAGACCACCGCUCCUGUGAAGCCACUGGUCAGUACCCAAAGCGGCUUCAUCACCACCGUCAGUCCUGUGGAGACAGAGAUGGACUCUCAGUGCAGGAGCCGUCCCCUGGACCUGGUCUUUAUCAUCGACAGCUCUCGCAGUGUGCGUCCCGGUGAAUUUGAGAAGGUGAAGAUAUUUCUGGCUGACAUGGUCGACACGUUGGACGUUGGCUCCGACGCCACCAGGGUGGCUGUGGUCAACUACGCCAGCACGGUCAAGAUUGAGUUCCUCCUCAAAAGCCACUUCAACAAACCCAACAUGAAGAAAGCCAUCUCCCUCAUCGAGCCCUUGGCGGCUGGCACCAUGACGGGCCUCGCCAUCAAGACUGCAGUGAACGAAGCCUUCACAGAGCUGUCAGGAGCCCGGCUUCGCUCCAAGAAAAUCUCCAAGGUGGCCAUCAUUGUCACAGACGGGAGACCCCAAGACCAAGUGGAGGAGGUCUCUGCUGCAGCUCGGGCCUCGGGCAUCGAGAUCUACGCCGUCGGGGUCGACCGAGCUGACAUGCGCUCCCUGCAGCUGAUGGCCAGCAUCCCUCUGGAUGACCACGUCUUCUAUGUGGAGACCUACGGUGUUAUCGAGAAGCUCACCUCCAAGUUCAGGGAGACCCUGUGCGGUCUGGACCCCUGUGCCAUGGGACAUGACUGCGAACACAUAUGUGUCAACAGCAAUGCCUCGCAUUACUGCCAGUGUCGGAAGGGUUAUAUCUUGAAUGCAGACAAGAAAACAUGUUCCCUGAAACAGGUGAAGGCGGCGGCGGUGGUGGUGGUGGAGGAUCCCUGCAAAUGUGAAGCCAGACUGGCUUUCCAGAAGCAGACGCUGGCUGCCAUCCAGCAGCUCACCGCCAAGCUAGUCGACGUGUCUGGGAGAAUAGAGCUUCUGGAGAACUUGGUGGGCCGUGCCUAAAGCUGGACGCAGUGGGAGAGACGGCUGGCUUACCUCCUGGCCAUGGACAUGUGUUUCCUGUCAUCCAUCCUCUCAUAACUACUGUAUGGAUGUCAACCACAGAUUGUGUCAAGCUGUGAUUCAUAAACCAAUACCCCUCAAGUUUCUGACUGUAGUGCACUGUUGAGUGUCGACAGUUGAAUGUCAUUAAAUGCCAUGUUUUGAAACUGCA